CAAUAAAUUAUUGACCCAUGGCACGACGCACGACCGACAGCAUGGCCCCGACGGACCGUGCGCCACGCGGGACCAAGCGCACUCGGCGCGCUUCCUCUGUAUCGGUAACAAGCUCGUUUGAAGAGCGCCUCGCGCUGCUCGAAGAACGAUCUCGCGCGAUGGACGCCCGGCUACAACGCGUCGAGGCGGCGUGGCUUGGCGGCGCCGACGUGUCGCUUUUCGACCAGCUCCCGCUGCAGCUGCGCUUUGUGUUGAAUGAUCGCUCGACCUUGGACGUGCCCACGAGCAUGCUGCAAAAGUUUCCCAAAUGCGACCUCUACGAAGCCAUUUUGUCCGAGCCCUUCUCGAUCGCGCCCGAUGGCGCCGCCGUCGUGCACAUAAGCAACCGCACGCCGCACCGCAUUUACGUCCGAGCGAUCAAUGUCCUCUUGUACCACGUAUUGAAUGUGCGCGGCGUCAUUUCUCGCGAGGUCCGCUGGAUCCUCGACAAGCUCGCCACGUGGGACGUGCCGGUGGGGUACAUGCAGACCGAGGGCUCGGCGCUAUGGUCCCAACGGCUCUCGAGCCGCUACUUCAACAUGAGCGCCGACAAGCGCACGCUUAUUUCGACGCCGUCCCAAGGCAACGAAUAUGCCUUCGAGCACGCGAUCGUCCACGGCCGCAUGGACCACGUGGCCAUGCGGCUCGUCAAGGUGGAAGGCAGCAUCGCGGUCGGCUUUACGCCGUGUCCGACAAAGCGACAAUCGAGCUACGACGGGUGGUUUGUGCAUGUUGCACGGGGUCCGCACAGCGCCAGCUUUGGGCCGAGUGGGUGCCACAUCACGUGUCUCCACGGGGACAUGCUCACGCUUGUGCUGGACCGGAGCAAGAAGACGAUCCGCGUCUUGCUCAACCAGCACGAUCUUGGCGUCGCCUUUGUUCUCGACAGCACCGAGAAGCUCCAAGUCGCACCGGUCGUGGCCUACCAUAGAUGUCCACGCGACACGGUGCACUUGCCAUGUCAGAUUAGUUUGUACUCGUAACAUUAGUCGUCAUAACUUUGAAUGUUUUAUCGUCGU